GCGCGGCGUAGGAGCGGCAGUUUUUCGCCUGUCAAACUGGUGAGAAUCCAUUUCUGCAAGGCUUCAUUUCUGACAGAUCACAGCUGAGCUGAAUAAUGGAUCGUGGUGAUUUGUUGGAGGAGGAGAUAUUGGUCACCAUUUUGGCACUCCUAUCCCAUCUCAACAGCCUCCUGGAGGCUGCUGUGGCAGCUGCCACCAGAUGUCUACAUUUGGUGCGCCAGAAUAAUUACAACACUCAUACUGACUGGAUGGUCCUUGUUUCGACUCCACAGCGGCCACGCUACUGGGUAUACCCGCACAGGUCCAUGGACUGGUGGAAAAACUGUGUGUUGGCCCAGUGGGAAGACAGCCGGUGGGUGCGAAAUUUUAGGAUGUCCCGCAGGACCUUCAUGUGGCUUGUUGACAUCCUGAAGCCACACCUGUUCCACCAGGACACACAGAUGCGUCAUGCGUGGCCAGUGGAUCUAAGAGUCGCCAUGUCUCUCUGGUAUCUGGCUAACAAGAACUCAUUCCGGGAGGUGCAGGAGCAGUUCGGGGUUGGGCUGACUACUGUUGCUGACGCGGUCCACGAGUUCUGCAUGGUAGUGGAGGAGGUCCUGGUUCCCAGGUUGGUCAAACUGACAGACCCAAUGGAGCAGAUCAUGCUGGGGUUCGCUGAAAUUGGAUUCCCUCAGUGUGUUGGCGCUGUCGAUGGCUGCCACAUCCCCAUUCAGAAUCCAGCUGACUCGAAUGGGGAAUACAUUAACAGAAAAAAGUUCGCAUCAAUCGUCCUCAUGGCCAUCUGCGACCACAGAGGACGUUUCUAUGCUGCAGAGGCUGGAGAAUCUGGAAAAAGCCAUGACGCCUACAUCUUCAACGGGUGCCACUUCACCCACGCCAUUGAUCGUGGGGCCUUCUUUCCAGCAACUCCAUCUCUGGUUGUGGAUGGGGUAGCUGUCCCCCCCCUUGGUCCUUGGUGAUGGGGCCUUUCCCAUGCGUAAGUGGCUGGUGACGUCGUACAAGCCAGUCCACAAUGCAAGAGAAAGGCAGUUUAAUCGAAGGUUGUCACGGGCGAGAUGCACAAUAGAGCGUGCCUUUGGCCGACUGAAGGCACGGUGGAGGUGCCUCCUUUCCCCAUUACAAAUAAAACUGGACAGUGUGUCUACACUUGUUGGGGCCUGCGUUGUGCUCCACAACAUUUGUGAGACCCGUGGGCACAGAGCACCAGAACUUGAGGAGAGGCCUCCUCCACUCCUCACAGAAAUGGAAUGCCAGCAGGACAUUGUAGUUGGACACGAGGGGGGAAGGGGGUAUGACCCCAGAGCUGACAGCAACCUGGAAGAGGGGAAAGAGGUCAGGGAUGCUCUGGCAAGGUACAUGUGCGGCUAGGAGCACACAGGUUAUAAAAUGUUUUAAAAUGUUUACAGUUCUCCCCGCAGCAGUGAAGUGUUUGCAUUUAAGUUAUGAAAUGUUGCAUUAAAGUUGAGA